GGCGUGGGGCGUCUGAGGAAAGGUGUUGUGCGGCGGUGACUUUGAGGGACUCGAGUCGGCCAAGCUGCAGUCACGUUCGCCAUGCUGCGGCUGUUUUUUCCUCCUCUGAAGAUGGUGCUGGGGAGUUCAGGCGUCCGGCUCCUGGCUACCAGGGGGGCUCCCCGGUGUGGUUGCCAUUAUGGGCAAAAGCUCCCUCUCUUGCAAAGGCAGCGCAGUACUCUAACUGAAGUAGCUUUGCAGUCUGGAAGGGGGCCAGUGUCUAUUCCCACGAAGGCUGCUGAGCGGAUUAUGGGCCGUUGGCUCUUGGUCUGCAGUGGAACGGUAGCAGGAGCAGUUAUUCUUGGUGGAGUGACUAGGUUGACAGAGUCUGGGCUCUCCAUGGUCGAUUGGCACUUGAUAAAGGAGAUGAAACCACCAACUAGCCAAGAAGAAUGGGAAGCAGAGUUCCAAAAAUACCAGCAGUUUCCAGAAUUUAAAAUCUUGAACCAUAACAUGACCUUGGCAGAAUUCAAGUUUAUCUGGUACAUGGAGUACUCUCACCGCAUGUGGGGACGGAUUGUGGGCCUAGCAUAUAUCCUUCCCACUGCCUACUUUUGGAGAAAGGGCUGGCUCAGCCGUGGCCUGAAAGGUUGUGUUCUUGGCCUCUGUGGCUUAGUCUGUUUCCAGGGACUGCUGGGGUGGUAUAUGGUGAAGAGUGGAUUAGAAGAAAAACCAGAUUCUCAUGACAUCCCUCGGGUGAGCCAGUACCGCCUGGCGGCUCACUUGGGCUCUGCCCUCCUCCUCUAUUGUGGCAGCUUGUGGACUGCACUCUCCCUGUUGCUUCCUCGAGACAAGUUGCCAGAAACCCGUCAGCUCCUGCAGCUGAGGCGAUUUGCUCAUGGGACAGCAGGCUUGGUUUUCCUUACAGCUCUUUCAGGGGCCUUUGUGGCAGGCCUGGAUGCCGGACUUGUAUACAACUCCUUCCCCAAGAUGGGAGAGCGAUGGAUCCCAGAGGAUCUCUUUACCUUCUCUCCAGUCCUUAGAAAUGUCUUUGAGAAUCCAACCAUGGUACAGUUUGAUCACCGAAUCCUGGGAAUCACUACCGUCACAGCCAUUACCGGGCUUUACUUCCUCUCCCGGAGAAUCCCCCUUCCUCGAAGGGCCAAAAUGGCAGUGGCCACGUUGCUGGCUGUCGCCUAUGCACAGGUGGGCUUGGGCAUUAGUACUCUGCUAAUGUAUGUCCCAACUCCGUUGGCUGCAGUUCACCAGUCAGGGUCUCUGGCCUUGCUCAGCGUUGCUCUUUGGCUUAUGAAUGAGCUUCGACGAAUGCCAAAGUAAUGCUCAGGGCAGCUACUUUCUGGGCCAUGUCUGGAUUUUGGAGAGCUCCCUAGGGGGCAUUCAGCUCCCUUCUUGCUGUACUGAAGAAAUGACCAGAUGAUCGUGGAUGAAGUUAAUGGGCUGAGGAUUCCCGUUCAAACAAAACAAAACUGCUUUUCUCCCUAAGAACUAAGUUAUUUUCAGAAAGGAUAUAGUUGUCACUUGCUUUUUAACAUGAUGUCUACGAUCCCUCCCACUGUUUAAGACUGAUUCUGAUCCAGUCUUAUGGUAUCUGGGGAAACAAGGCUAAGGAACCUCUUCUCAAGCUGCUCCUUGGGCCUUGGUGAUCACUGUUUUCUGGCUCCCCCCUCCCCGCCCCAGAGAAGUACCUUCUGUCACUAACAUUUCCCUCCCUCUAGCAGACCGCCUCUGUCCUUGUGCUUCGUUCCUUCAGUGCUCUCUAGCUGCUGCUAGGUCUAUCAUGGGAGAGCCCCAGUUUUUAAAAUGAGAAAAUUUUAGUAAAUGAUCCAAAGUCCCAACUUUAAAAUUCUGUGUGUGAUUCCAGAUAAACACACUGCUAACAUAUUGGCUAGCCAGUGUAUUGCCUUAAAUAAUGGUUCUUUAACCCAAGUAAAGUAAUGGGAUUUUUAGUCAUUGUUAUUAAGAGGGCUCCUUAAAGAGUAGAUGAUUCAUGCCAGCCUUGCAUGCACCCCCACAAAUACUUCAUCCUAAGGAUCGGUCCUGAACCUGGGAUCUCAUUGGUGCAGGGCGCACUUGAUCUGGAAUCUCCUUCUACCAGUGUAGAUCAGCACUUUCUCUGCACCUUAUAGCCUUGGGUGCCUAGAAUGCUGAGAAGUGAUGUGACUUGCCUAGGGUCACAGCCAGCAGAGGUUAGAGGCAGGACUCGGUCCUCAGGCCUUCCUGGCUGCAAAGCUCUUUCCAUUUUGCCAUGGGCAGUCCCAAAAUCUUAAGAGUGAGGGCUUUGGACACUGUCCAGCCCCCCCACCCCAUACACCCAAGUGCUGAAGAGGACAGGACUGUAGACAGAGUCUCAUGGGUGCUGCAGGAGAUGUGUUUGGGCAGUGGAGGAGCUGCAACAUGGUUCUGGCAAUUUUGAAACGCAGUCACCCUGUAUUGUUUACGCAGUCUUCAUUUUACAGAUGAGGAAACUAAGACCCAGAGAGCGCAAGAGUUACAGGCCAAGGCCAUAUGGUUUGUAGCAAAACCAGGCCUAGAGCCCGAGUGUCCUGACAUGACUGCCACCUUGUGUUCCUGUGCUUGCUUGGUUCUGGAGUGGGCUUUAGCACUGUGCUCCUCUUUCUGACUUCUUCAGGCUUUCCCUCCUUUCCUCAACACAUUGUUGGGUGUGUGUGUGUGUGUGUGUGUGUGUGUGCGCGCGCGCGCGCACACACAUGCGCAUAGCCUGGUCUAGCAUGAAGGACGGGGCUUGCCACCCACAUCACCAUGGCAAAGCUACUUUUUUGUCCUGGGUCUCAAGGGGUUGGACUAGGGCACUUGGGCCUCCUCAAGUGCUCUCUGAUGGCUUGGCCUUUCUGUCUGAAGGCCUGGCUUGGGUGACCCCUCAAACGACAUUGAAUUUGUCUACUGGAUUCUUUGGCCUCUCCACUAGAAUCUAUUGUUUUCUUAUUCAAAUAGCACUUUUUAUUCUGACUGGUUUUGUCUUAUUUUAAGUUAAAUUUUAUUGCCCAGCUGCAUUUUACAGUUGUUGAUAUGAUUAUAGUUCUUUGUAGGACUAGUUGACUCUUCUCUCUGAUAUUUUAGCUGCCUGCCCUUAGCUCAAAACACUUUGGGUACCUUCUUUACCCAGGCAGAUUUUGUCCCCAAAAUCUGGAGGUACUUUGUCACUUGUUAAUUAUGAAGCCCCUUUAACAAAGCCAAAUGACUUAUUUCAAGGGCCUAGAAGUGACUGUAGCAGCUAGUCUCUAAGGGGCUAACAAAUUCUACUUGUGACUAUAUUUCAAGAGUGCAACGGGAGGGGGUAGCUAAGUGGUGCAGUGGAUAAAGCACUGACCCUGGAUUCAGGAGGAUCUGAGUUUAAAUCUGGCCUCAGACACUUGACACUUAGUAGCUGUGUGACCUUGGGCAAGUCACUUAACUCUCAUUGCCCUGCAAAAAAAAAAAAAAUGCAACAGGACAAGGAUUUGUGACCACUUGAGGGAGAAGGAAAGGGUUGUUUUCUAACUUAUGUGCUCCUGGUCUUGCAGGCGCCCCAGCCCUCUGUCCCACCUACACCAGUGGUGUCAAAAUAAAAUAGAAAUAAGGGUCACUGAAGCCUACAGAAGGAUCAUCUGUUUUCUAUGUUUAGGCCAUGUGGGACAGAGUUUUGGGCUGUGUGUCUGAAACCCUUGCCCUGCCCGACUGCCUCUCAGGAAGUUGCCUUUGUAGGAAUCGAACAUAAGCACCUUCUUCUGGGCCUCUUUCAUCCCGGAGUGGGCAGAGGGCAAUGGGACACUGCACUGCUUGUCUGACUGGCAGAUGCAGUUGGCCCCUUCUCUUAUCAGUGUGGGGGAGAAUUUGGUGGGGACAGGAGGGUUGAAACUAUAAAACAGAAAUCAGACCCAGCCCCGGGGUCUGCACAAAUGAUUUGGGGGUAAGGAAAUAGCACCUCCAGAUAUCUGAGCAAUUUCAGGGACAGGAACAAGUAAAAACCAGGGAUACAAAAGAUCUAUUAAUUAUGAACCUUUUACCCAAGCAAGGCCUGGACAAAAUCUUUGUCGUGUUUGUGUCAAACGGCAUGAAUUGAAGGUGGGUCCUUUUUUUUUUUUACUUUGAAAGAAUUUUAAUUUUGAUAUUACUUUACAAAUGAUUGCAUAUUAAACAUGAUUUCAUAGCAAACUUGUUUCUAUUUAAAUUACAUGAAAUUUAUAAGAAACCAAUUGUGUGACUAUAAAAACAAGUCAGUAGAAAAGCCACUACCAUAAAGGCAAAUUGUCCCACCUCCCACUGCUGGGCCUUUGAACAAGUGGUCCCCCAGAUCUGGAAUGUGCUCUCCCCCUCAGACUCCCUGUCUUCCUUCACACCACAGCUUGGGUACCAUUUUCUGACCCCCUACCCCAUCUCACUCAUUAGAGCACUCUCCUUGAAAUUAUUUUAUACGUUCCCUGUUUACUCAUGUACAUGUAUUCUCCCCAUCAGAUGUAAACUCCAUGGAGGGGAGGACUCCUUCCCACGAAUUCACACCACCUCACAUAUAGGUGCUUAAUAAAGGCUUCCUGAAUGUAAUUCUGUUUGUGUAACCUGGAAGGCCGCCUUUCUGCAUCAGGUAUCCCAAGGAGUAUUCUAGCUAAAAUGGCCAGUGUG